AUGAGAUCGAAUGGCCUUUGGUUCUACCACUUCGAGCACACGCACAGACGGGAAAGUGGGGAGCUUCUUGAAAAUCACAAUGCGGCUUUCUUUAGUGAUCCUUGGGUAGCACCUAUGACAGUGAGCAAGGAAUUUGCCUCCAAGGCAAAGCAUGCAAAGAUCAAAAUCCUACAACGUCGAGGUCCCGGGAUUCCUAGAAACGACAUCAAUUUCAAUAGCAGGUUUCUAUUCACGAAUUGGGAUCUUAUUGGGAUAUACCCUCCCUGGUAUAAAGAACAGCAGCAUGUGCAUAAAAAUAAGGGUUGGAUUCUCUGCUACAAGAGAGAAUUUGAUAGCAUCAGAAUCGUGGUUUUUCUUCGGCAGCGCCAGGCAGAACUGACCGAAUGCGCUCGACCCGCACAGGGGGACCCGAAGAAAGGUUGGUGUUGGGUUGCUAAGCUCAACGAGCCGUUCAGUCUCGAACUGGCUCAACGUUUGCUGAUGGAUGCAGACUACCAGUCGCGAUUAGAACUCUACGAACUGAGAGACUCCGAUGGUCUGAAAAUACCCUACAGCCAUCUCUUCACUUUUGGCAGUACUGAAUACUGUUCCAAGGAUCUCUCCAAGGAUGCAUACGCGUUGAUGAACAAAGGAAAUCGGUAUACAGAUGUUGAUAGACUUCUGUGA